UUUUAACUAUUUCACCUUUAUGCUGUCUUCAUCUAUCACAUCUCUCACUCUCUCUACUGUCCACCUCUUCCUCUUUCAAUUGCAACCCUAAACAAGCCAAGGCUCCUUCCACUUAGCCACUCCGGACUGGAGAGUUCAUUUGCUUCCCCUUUUUUAGUGAAAAUUAUAUGUGCCAAACUUGCAGGUAACAAAGUUAGAAAGCCUACCACUAUCAUCACCCUUUCAAGGGUUUCUAGGAUUUUGACCAUAACAUGAGAUUUAAAAGAAACCUCAAACAAUCAGACUGUGUAGUUUUAAUCUCUCUUUUCCCUUCCCUGUGAGUCUAUGUAUCAUCGUAUGGAUAUUGUCUCUAUUGUUUUCCAUCUUCCAUUAAAAUUAGUUCCUCUGCCUCUCUAAUGGCAGUCUUGAUCUAUAGCUAAAAUUCAAAUACCAUUGAUGAUCAAGAUCUUUCUCAAUUCUUUAGCAGCUAGCUAUCUGUUUUAUUACUCUUUAUGGGAUCAUCAAAUCCAUUCUGAAAUCUUGCUGUUAACAAACUAUAUAUCGGCUUUUCUUACUUCUUUCUUUCUCUCUCUUUGUGGAGCAAAAUCCUUCAGUAUCACCUCAUAAGCCUCUCCAAGAACGCUCAAGAGUCAAGACCCAUUUUCUAUAUAUAUAUAUAUAUGGACUCCCUUCAAGAAUUUGACUCCACAUCCAUCGCACUCCCGCUCACCUCCACAACCGGCAACACCACCGCGACUGUUGCCUCCUCUUCCCCAAUUUCCUCCACCUCUAAUCUUAGCCGCUACGAGAACCAAAAGCGGCGAGACUGGAACACCUUCGGCCAAUACCUCCGCAACCACCGGCCCCCACUCUCCCUCUCCCGGUGCAGCGGGGCGCACGUACUGGAAUUCUUGCGCUAUCUAGACCAGUUUGGGAAAACCAAAGUCCAUACCCAACUCUGUCCCUUCUUUGGCCACCCAAAUCCCCCUGCGCCUUGCCCUUGUCCUCUGCGCCAGGCCUGGGGUAGCCUUGACGCUCUUAUUGGUCGCCUCCGUGCUGCCUUUGAAGAGCACGGGGGAAAGCCAGAGAACAACCCUUUCGGGGCUCGUGCUGUUAGGCUUUAUCUACGUGAAGUUAGAGAUUCCCAAUCUAAAGCUCGAGGGAUUAGCUACGAGAAGAAGAAAAGAAAGAGACCCCCACAUCAACAGCAACAGAAUCCUGCGUUAGUGAUGGCGCCACCACCAGCAUCAGCGACCACUGAUACAAGCGAUGAUCAUGAGUAAGUAUUACUGCUGCCACCCAUUUCAAUUGAAGAACAAGAUUGAGGAUAAAACUCAUUACAAACUGCUCUUUCAUAGUUUUAUAUGCAACAGGCAUGACUAUGAGCUGGUAAUGUUAUCUUUGUUGCAUCAUAUGUGCGAUAUCUCUUAUGGGUUUUGAUGAACUCUCUAGAUAGUUAAGUAAUGAGCAUGGAUAUUAUUGGGAACCACAUGUUAUAUAUUUUCUGUAGCCGUAGCAGUAGCAGUAAUAGUAGGGAUCACAGAGAGGUAGCUGUUGAUGAACAUGUUUGCCUAUUUCUCUCGGAUAUGUAGCUGGAAAGGUGACGAGAAAUAGAUUUGGAUGUGCUGUUGUGUCAUGUGUGUCUUUUUUUCCUUCUUUUAUUUCUUUUCCUCCAUUUUCCCACUUUGUUUAUAUGAUGGAUAUUGGCAAAUCAUUUAGAUAUUAUUUGCAAAAAAGGAUCCUGCGUCAGAUUUGUGAAGCACUAAAUUUGUAUACUUUGUUCAUUUUUGGUAUUACUCAUGGUAGUCUCUGUCCUAUUUUGUUUUCUCCUCUCCUUUUGCUUUCUGCUGCUGUUGCUUUUCUCUCAGCGGCAUGGAUAUGCCAGAACUUGUGUACACAUAGAGGGUGAAUAAACAGCAGAAACCCUGCGAAAUUGAUUUUAAGUCUUGACAAUUGUGGUAUGUAUCUUAAAUGGAGUCCAUGCAGCUAAAUUUUCACUUUUUUUUUUGUAAUUAGCAAAUUUUCUUUUCUUUUAAAGGCUUUGAUCUUAGCAUUCCAGGUAUUUUUAUGGAUCUUUGUCUUUGAAUGGUAUCUUUGCUGUGUCCCA